UCACUGCUCGCGACUUACAGAAUCUGACUUCACUUAACCCUCCUAUAAAAGCCCUUGUGCGCAUAGCUCGCUCCGUACAUAGACACUUUUUAGUAUCAAAUUAGCUCAACAGAAGCAAAGCUUUCCAAACACUCCAGGAACUUACCACAAUGUCGACUGCUGUGCAAGAGAUUCUCCCUCCAGUUUUGGACUCCAAAGCCGAACAACCACCGCUUUUUGAUGGAACUACCAGACUCUAUACUUGUUACACGUGUCCCUUUGCCCAGCGGGUGUGGAUCACCAGAAACUAUAAGGGUUUACAAGACAGUAUUAAGUUAGUUCCGUUAAACCUUCAAGACAGGCCUGCUUGGUACGCUGAGAAAGUAUACCCUGUUAACAAGGUUCCAUCAUUGGAACACAAUGGCAAAAUCAUUGGAGAGAGUCUUGACUUGAUUAAAUAUGUUGACAGCAACUUUGAGGGACCUUCUCUUUUCCCCAAUGAUCCUGACAAAAAGAAGUUUGGUGAAGAAUUGUUAUCAUACACUGAUACAUUCAACAGGGAUGUGUUUACUUCAUUCAAAGGAGACACUGUAAAACAAGCAAGUGCCGCUUUUGAUUACUUGGAAAAUGCUCUGCGCAAAUUUGAUGAUGGCCCAUUCUUCCUUGGCCAGUUUAGUUCGGCAGACAUAGCCUAUAUUCCAUUUGUUGAAAGAUUCCAGACCUUCUUAUCAGAGGUACACAAGUAUGACAUCACAGAGGGCAGGCCUAAACUAGCAGCAUGGAUCGAGGAGCUGAACAAGAUUGAUGCAUACAAGCCAACAAAAACAGAUCCAAUAGAGCUUGUGGAAUUCUACAAGAAGCGCUUCCAGGCUCAACAGUAAUUUGCCACCAGUUAGUUUAUGCUAAAAGAAAUCGGUGUGUUAUGAGUGUCUUAUUAUAAUAAAAGCCAUCGUUGCUGGAUGUUGUAGAUGGUGUGCAAAUGUCAGUUAAAGUAUUUGAUUCUGUUUUAACAGCUUGUAUGUUGUGCAUUACAUAAAUAAAAGUGAGCCACUGAGAACUGUCUUAUUCUGUCA